UCUGUGUGGUGACAUUGGAGGCAGUGGGAGAGAAAAGGAGUGAAUCUGCGCGGUGGCGGUGAGGGAGGGAGGACAGCGAGUGCGCGAACAGGCAGCUAGGCAUGCACAUCAGCAACAGAGGCUGAACAUCUUCCUGAUCCUCAUCUCCCGCGUUCAGGGGCUGUCAAUUCUACGUGUGCACGCCGAUUGAGUCCACUGCCGGCUGAAGUGCCCAGAAGCCUCCGCCAGCCAUCACCUCCCACCACUCACUUUCUCUGGAGCUCGGUUAUUCUUAGCUCAGCUGCGAGAGACUGUCCUUCCGGUCCUUCUCUUAUUUAUCACAGUUUCUUGAAUAUUUAAUGGAAAAUGGCGAUCUGCGCGCAGUCGUUCGGUGUUUUCUGCCUCUUCACAAUCCAAACUGUACUAAUCAUCUGCGUCUCCACGCCGACAGCCGGGAUCCACCUCUUCCCUCAACACUACACAAUGAGUCACUGGGCGGGACGCAUUGAGAAGGAGCUGGAAAAGGUUCUUCAGCACGUCACUGGAACUCAGCAGAUGAGAUCGAUCUAUAAUGAGAAGAAGAGCCAGUUUGAAAUCAAGAGAAACAACCCCAAAGACCUGGUGGAGAGAGUUGCACGAGACAUCUCCAAGCUGCUCAACAGUAAGAGAAAAGCCUUGGAGAAACUGGCAAGAGAGGCCGAGCAGCUUCAAAAGGAGCACGUCUGGCAAGACGGUGUGACGGAGAAUGCCAUUUCAUACUACGAUUCCAAAGCGGAUUCAGACUAUCAGACAGAGGAUGGAGAAGAGGAAGUCCCCCUGGAGACCUCAACCUCUUUGGAGCUGGAGUUUGUGGAUGAUCCCAAUUUUAAAAACAAAGUAAACUACUCUUCCAGCGCAGUCCAGAUUCCUACAGACAUAUACAAAGGCUCCCCUGUCAUCCUAAAUGAAUUAAACUGGACCCAAGCACUGGAGAGAGUCUUCAUUGAAAACUGGCGGGAGGACAACUCUCUGCGCUGGCAGGUGUUUGGCAGUGCCACAGGAGUGACACGGUACUACCCAGCCACUCCAUGGAGGGCACCCAACAAGAUUGACCUGUACGAUGUCCGCAGAAGACCAUGGUAUAUCCAAGGUGCAUCAUCUCCAAAAGACAUGGUCAUCAUUGUAGACGUGAGUGGAAGUGUCAGUGGACUCACCCUCAAGCUAAUGAAAACCUCUGUAGUGGAGAUGCUCGACACCCUAUCGGACGAUGACUAUGUGAAUGUGGCCAGGUUCAAUGAAAAGGCGGACGCUGUUGUUCCAUGCUUCAGAACUUUGGUCCAAGCCAACGUUCGAAACAAGAAAAUCUUCAAGGAAGCCGUCAUGCAUAUGCAAGCCAAAGGAACCACUGAUUACAAAUCUGGCUUCACGUUUGCCUUUGAGCAGCUUCUCAAUGAGAGCAGUGCCCCGAGAGCCAACUGCAAUAAGAUGAUAAUGAUGUUUACAGAUGGCGGGGAGGAUCGUGCACAGGAAAUCUUUGAGAAGUACAACUGGCCAAACAAAACAGUUCGGGUUUUCACCUUCUCUGUGGGCCAGCAUAAUUAUGAUGUCACCCCUUUGCAGUGGAUAGCAUGUGCUAAUAAAGGUUACUACUUUGAAAUUCCUUCAAUUGGAGCCAUCAGAAUCAACACACAGGAGUACCUGGAUGUCCUGGGCCGUCCUAUGGUACUGGCUGGGCCAAAAGCUAAGCAGGUGCAGUGGACAAAUGUCUACCAGGAUGCACUGGGUUUGGGCCUCGUCAUCACUGGGACAAUGCCAGUAUUUAACCUCACUGUGGAUAGUGUAAGCUCACAGAAUCAGCUUAUCCUUGGGGUCAUGGGAGUAGACGUUGCCAUCAACGAAAUCAAAAAGAAGACACCUACAUACAGACUUGGAGCUAAUGGCUACACUUUUGCCAUUGACCCAAAUGGUUACGUAUUGCUGCAUCCCAAUCUACGACCUAAGAUCAUUAAUUUCAGGGAGCCUGUCACACUAGACUUUCUGGAUGCAGAACUGGAGGACACCAACAAGGAGGAGAUCCGUCGACAGAUGAUUGAUGGCAGAUCAGGGCAAAGAAAAAUCAAGACACUCAUUAAGUCAGUUGAUGAGAGGUAUAUUGACGAAGCCAUGCGGACAUACACAUGGACUCCUGUCGAUGGUACAGAUUAUAGUCUAGGGUUGGUACUGCCCACAUAUAGUGAGAACCACAUCAAGGCCAACAUAAGUGACCAGAUCCUUCAGGUGCAGUUGCCAAACACCAAGGAUUUUGAAUCACUGCUGCCAAACAGUUUUGAGUCUGAAGGACAUGUAUUCAUUGCUCCCAGGGAGUACUGCAAUGACCUUGAACUGUCCAACAACAACACUGAGUUCUUGAUCAACUUCAUCGCUCUUAUGGAGAAGGUGACACCAGACUCCAAACAAUGUGAUAAUUUGCUUCUUCACAACCUGAUUCUGGACACCGGCAUCAUCAGACAGCUGGUUGAGAAAGUGUGGAAGAAUAAAGACCUGAAUACAUAUGGCUUCCUGGCUGUGUUUGCUGCGACUGACGGAGGUAUAACAAGAGUCUUUCCAAACAAGGCUGCAGAAACCUGGGAGGAAGACCCUGAGCCGUUUAAUGCCAGCUAUUACCGCCGCAGCCUCGACAACAAGGGCUACAUCUUCAGAGCGCCUUAUCGAACAGCGAGGGAUGAGCUGCUGAACCCAGAAAACGACACCAUAGGCAUUCUGGUCAGCACGGCUAUGGAAAUUACAAUAGGCGGGAAAACCAUCAAACCUGCAGUGGUUGGAGUGAAACUGGACCUUGAAGCCUGGACAGAUAAGUUUAAGAUUCUUGCCAGCAACCAUACAGACAACCGUCAAGGCUCAAAUACGUGUGGACUAAACAGAAACUGUGAAAUGGACUGUGAAGCCAACAGCGAUGAUCUCUUGUGUUACUUAAUAGAUGAUGGAGGAUUCUUGAUUAUGUCCAAUCAGAAAGAUGACUGGAACAAGGUGGGAAUGUUCUUUAGUGAUGUUGACCCAAACUUGAUGUACGCUCUCUACAACAACUCCUUCUAUAAACGCCAGCAGUCGUUUGAUUACCAGUCUGUGUGUGAACGGCUGACGAACAGUGAAGCUGGAGCUGCACCCAGAGGGGUGUUUGUGCCCACUAUUGCAGAUUUUGUGAAUCUGGCAUGGUGGACGUCAGCUGCUGCAUGGUCCUUGUUCCAACAGCUUUUAUAUGGACUGGCUUACCACAGCUGGUUUGUCACAGAUGAAGUGGAUGCAGAGGGAAUCGACUCAAAAGAGAGGAGUUGUGUAAUGAUUCAGACUCAGUACUACUUCAGUAAUCUCAGCAACUCCUACAACAUUUUGCAAGACUGUGGCAACUGCUCCAGGCUGAUUCAUGCCAAGAGGAUAAACAACACCAACUUGCUGUUUGUGGUAGCAGAAAAGUUGUUAUGUGACUCCUGUGAGAUAGAGAGUCUCUCUCAGGAGGUGAAAGAGUACAAGGAAGAUAAUCCAUGUGAAGAAAUGGCUGUGGCACGUUAUCGAAAAGGACCCUCCACCUGCUUCGACAACAAUGCUACUGAGAACACAUCAGACUGUGGGCGAGGUCACUCCUUCCGUCCACCACUCUACACUUUACUGCUUAUUCAGCUGCUGCUGCUUUAUCCAGCUGUCAGUCCUCACAUUCACUCUCUUCUACAUUAAUUCCAUUCUGCUGCACUUAUCCUACUUUUAGUCCUCCUGAGCUUCUGUCCCAUCCCUGAAACCCACCCCUCAUGCCCCUCUGCCCUCCCACUGGUAUAGUCAUAGGUAAUUAAGGGACUUCCCAUCACAGCAAGAUGGAAGCCCAGAGUGCUGCGCUACCUUGUCUGUAUUGCUUCGUGACAACUGCCGGACGUUUGCGUCCUUCAUCUGCAGGAAGAACAGGUGAUGCUGGACCACCUGGAUCAUCAGAGGCAACUCAGAAAAGAGAAAUCAACCACCCCUCUACAACUAUUCUAACACCUCUACUAUUCAGAUAAGUGAGGGGAGAUAAGGACAAGUAGAUCUUAUCACAGACCUCAUACCAUAUUUAGAGUGGAGAAAUGAUGUUGCCUCUCCCCCUACCGCAGAUGGCAGGACUUCUCUCCACCAUCUAUGAGUGUUAGCUCUUCAUCAUUCACCUGUCAAAAGGCUGUGGACCAUUCAGCCAGAUUAUAGCCACCACAGAAGAAAAUAACAAAAAAAUAUUCCAAAUGUCAAGUAUUAAUUGAUGAAGUGAUGAGUAUUCCAGACAUACAUUAUAUUUAGGCUUUAAUUUUAGGACGAAGAUGGAUGUUAACGGCAAUUUAAGCGCUAUAUCUGCUUGCCAAAAUGAGAUAUACUUUGACGUGGUCUUAUUUUUGUAGCCAAAACACCAAGAAAAAAUGGAUUUAGAUUUAGGGUGAACCACAAAAGGAAGAGGAGACAUUCAGCAGCUGAAUCCUGACUCAUUUUGUGCAGCUCUUAAUUACAGAUUAAUGCUUUUUAAAAGGCAUCCACUGUGGAUUAUCGUAAUUACAUGAUGGUAAUCACAUUUCUUGAAGUGUUUUUCCUCAUAUUUACUAUUCAGUGGUAGUGUUUUCUGGCUCACAAGCCAGCUGUAAAAUAUGAAUCAGUGUUUGGUUGCUGCAGGAACAUUGAUGUCGUGUAGUAUUCUUAACGAUCAAUCGACCAUUCUGACCUCGAGUUUAGACAGAUGUUUAAAAAAAAAAAAAAAAAGCUCUCUAAUGAGACAAAAGCACCUCUGCCAAUCCUCAUGAAGCUUCUCCAGCAACACUCCUGACCACAGUUUGUGUAUGUGCUUGACUUCUGUCACAGCAAAGCCUCACUGUAGUUACGGGAGGUUUUUGCUUUCUUUGGAAGGGGCCUGAUCACUUUUCUUUUUUGGAGGGGGACUUGUCUUACCUUUGACUAAUGCUGUUUAAAAUUCAAAACCAUCCGCUGCUGACGGGAUUGGGGCUUAUCAACAUGUCCGAGUGAAGUGCAGAAGAGGCCACUAAAUAUGGUGAUGAUGUGCAGUAGAAGUCUGGUCAAAAUCCAUCAGUUUGUUAUUUAAUCAUUGCAGUGUGUGAAAAGUUAUUUAGACUCCCAUGUUUAGGAGCCGCUCUGUUUCAUAGUGCCUUGAUGCACUUUGUUUUGGAACGCAUCGGCUGUGUAAGAGUAGAGCUACUGUAUAGUACCUUUAUAAAGCGGCCAUGUUUUAGGCUUUGGAUGCCGCAGGAGGCUGAGUCUGUUGGUUAUAGAGCUAGCUUUACACAGACCCAUCACAUUGAGUGGCUCAGCUUAAUGUUUCUGCCCUCAUGGCUGUUCUUGUGGUUCUCCUCCAGAGCCUCCUGUCUGUCAUAUGGAGCUACUAUACCGUUCCUUUACAAAGCCAUGUAUAGAGCUACGAUACACUAUCAGUAUACAGCCACUUAAAUGGCCAUAAAGUGUUUGUUUCUUUUUCUUUUGUUAUUAUUAUUUUUAUAUUUAUAGUGAGACCCGACUGCUUUUGCCUGGUUCGUAUGUGUUUGUGUGUGGAUGUUUGUGCGUUCAUUUAAAAACCCUCAAAGGGAACGUCUUUUAAGUGAGAGCGUAGGGGAAUCACAGAUGUGCUUGCAUAACUGUUUUUUUUUUUACUGUUAAUGUGUUGCAACAGACAAAAUCCAGUGUUGUAGGGAAAAAAAGGGAUUUUACUGAAACAAAAAGAUGCAUCUAGAAGUAUCAGUCUGCUUAAAUAUGAAUAGAGGAGCAGAGGUGAAAGAAUGUGUAGUACAUCUGUGUUUUCUGUUUAAAUGCAGCAUAGUAAACAAAGCCUCUCUAAAUGCCUUAGUGUUACACAAAGCAGAGCUCUGAUACCCCACAUGUACCCCGUUUCUCAUGCACAAAUAGAUCCUUUAAUUAAUACUCCCUCCACUGGCUUCUCUUGGUGUUAUGCAGUAAGUACAGUGAGCUCUAAUUUUGUAUUUUCCCUCCUGGAAUGAGCAGGUAUUGAUUGAUGCCUGUUGAUUAAAUGCUUGAAAGCGGAUGGGGGUUUUUCAGUUUUAAAAGCCUAUGACCUUUGAUGUUCUGGUGGAAUGACUUGCACAACAAUUUGAAUCUUAAAUACACACUCUGUACAGUUGUUGGUACUAUUUGAUGUGACAGAUCAUGCUGGCACAGUAACUGCAGCUCAGCUCUGAAUAAACCUGAGAAAACUAAAAGUUCAAGACUGCUAAAGGAAUUCAAUUAAAGAUGGAUAUUUCCAAUUUGGCUUUUUUCAGCAUCUGCUGAUGCUUAAUGCAGUUUUACUUUUCUGGCAUUUGUUUGUCUCUGUCCUGUGCCAUUAAUUCUGUCUGUAUUUUCACUAUUUCCACUGUCUGUAAAUGAACGCUACACGUGCCUGUGGAAAUGUACCCCCUGCAACUUCCUCUCUUUUCCUGGAUCUGUGCGGUCUCACACAUUAACUAAAUAUGUAGGCCUACACUUUGUGCACCUGCACUAAGACCUAAUGGACGCACAUGCACAUACCUUUGAGCAAACAUUUAAUAACACUCAUGCCCAGCUGGGAGAUGUCAAACACAAUGCAGAAGUGAGGCAGGGACAUUACUCCCCAGGUGUUUUCUGUGACUGGGCGGGAUGUCAGGGGCAAGCUCAGGGUGUGGGUCUCCACAGAGCAGCAUGGGCCUGUUAAACAGAGGGAUGAAUCGUAUAGUGACGUAUGUGUGUGCAUCCUGAUUGGACACACAUCUAAUUUCUCUGGUUUGACAGUUUUACUUUUGCCAAAAAAGGAAAAAAAAAAGACUAAAACAAACAAAAAAUAAAUAAAUAGAAAACUGGGACAGCUUGGGAAUGAGAUGGAGGGGUCAGCUUUAAGACUUCACUUUAAAAUAAGUAAGGAGAAUUUUUCAUAAAGCGCCCUCCCGACCCUUGCUGCAUCUGUGUUGGUGCGUUUCUGUGGGAAAGACACGUGCGUAUGUGAUUCUGUAGUCUGUAGUCUGGUGCUAUGUGCUCAUGUUUGACAAGUGUGUGAAAAAAUAACAUUUAGAGAAAAAUAAAAAAAAAAGUAAAAUCAGUCAAAAUUAAAGUGAAGUUUAAAAAAAAUAUCUAUAGGAAUACAGCACUGUUGAUAAGUUUGAGAUCUGAUGUCCAAAUGUUUUUAAUUUCUGUUUUAUUUUACUUCUUGUGCGUGUGUGAGUGUGAAUGUUUGUGUGCGUGGAAGAUUUAGCUCCUUCUUUUUUGGGCACUGGUCCAUGUCGCUCCAUUCUUUUGUACAGAUUAAGCUAAAGAAAAAAAAAGAAGAGGGCAAAAUUUGUAAAAUAUUGUGUCUGUGACUCCUUGUAAAAUAUUUUCAAAUUGUUUAUUACAGAGAAUCGGUUAUUAAAUAAUGUUCAUAUUUUUCACUUCA